AUGAAUUCCUUUAGGCAUUUAUGGCGAGCAACGUCUAUUGUGCGAAACGUACUAGUGAACAACAAAACAUUCUCGCGGCAACUAGCCACAGCCACAAUAACUCCAAUAAAACCUAUUGAAGAUGUACCGAGUGCAGUUGAACUUGACAAACUUUACAAGAGAGUGGAAUUAGAAAUGCGGGGCAUAGAUCCCGCUGUCCUACUCAGUUACUCCUGGUUUUGUAUUGCUGCUGCCUCUCAUUUAGGCAUAGAAGUCACCAAAAGCUGGGCAUUAAGGAAAGCAGAGAAAGAAAGGCACACAUUGCUAAGAUGUGUCCACAUUUACAAAAAACACAGAGUACAAUAUGAAAUCAGGACAUAUUUUAGAUUUGUUCACUUGCAACGGCUUACCGGAUCUACUUGUGACACAUAUUUAGAAUAUAUACAGAGGAACCUUCCAGAAGGGUGCGCUUUGAAAGUCACUAAAGUUGAAUGUCAGAAUUUACCGGAACAUUUGACGCCACCAAAGGAAUGA